CCCCUGAUAUGCAAACACCGACAGACUUGCGAAUUCUUCUACAUCUGAUUUAUAGAAGCUCCCCGGAGUGCUAUGAAAUUUAGGUCCGCAAUUUGAGCAACAUAAAGCUUAGUCAGAGCAUAUAGCGUUCACGAACAUUGGCCACCUUUUCUCGACUGACAGCUUCCGUUCUUUUGCCCCUCCUCAAACAACAAAACAACAAGGGCAAUCAAACAUGCCAGAACAGAGUAUCAGAUCUUUGUUUGACUCGGCAGAGAGUCAGAGAAAAGGUAUUGAAACUUCUUGGGACAGCAAUACAGCUACAUAUCAGCAAAACCUUGCCGCCGCCAUCUCUACGUAUGAAUCUUGCCUCAAGCUCGCAGAUCGCCUCUCUCUGUUUAGUCCUAACGAGACUCUUGAAGACCUGACUUCUGGAGAUAUACAAUACCUUGCCAUCAAUUACCGUCUCGCAGAGCUACUCCUCCGAGUUUCAACCAAGAAUCGCAAAGCUACGAUCCAGAGCGCACGCGAUGCAUACGAGAAAUACUUGAAUCUGCUUGACCAGUACGAUAUCCUGUCAUCUGCAGACAAGAAGCUGUACAAUGAUUACCUCGAAUCUCCGACAGCUUUCUCCACCAUCUCUACAACUGAUCCCAAUGCUCGACGAGCAACGAAGAUAGCAAAUUUUAAGCUAGAGAAGGAGUUGAAGAAGAAACUGGAGUUCCUGGCGCAAAAUCCCGCGUACUUACAGAACGACGAUGAUGCUAUUCGAGAACUGCAGCUCACCAACCUCUCUCUAUGCACUCAUAAUACCUUCCAAGCCCUCGAAUCCCUAAAUCGCGAGCUUGAAGUCCUAGCAAUGGCACCUCCGACACCUCCCAGUGGUCCCGACUCCCUGGAACGAGAUUACAGAGAACGAAUGGGUUUGCAAGAUAAGGACGGCUAUUCUGAUCGUCUGGAUCGCAGAGAUAUGCUGUCAGCAAAUAACAAAGGUCCUAUAUUGAGCUCAGGUGGUAAACCACUACGGCCGUUCACGUUGCUGGAUAGUAGGCAAACGUUAAAAGCGGGAGUAUUCAAGCCAGGACAUAAUCUGCCGACGAUGACAAUCGACGAGUAUUUGGAGGAGGAACGAGCCAGGGGAGGCAUUAUUGAGGGCGGUGGAGAGGCUAGCGGUCUGUCGCCAGAACCUGACGAGGACAACUACGAGAAAGGGGAUGAGGAAACGAUGAAGGCUAGGGAGUGGGAUGAGUUCACGGAGGCAAAUCCAAAGGGAGCUGGAAAUACUCUGAAUAGAGGAUAAUGCAUGCAUGAUAUCAAAACAUUCGAAUUGCAAGGUUGUGAAGGCGUGAUAUAUUAAAAG